GCUCAGCAGGUCUGGCAGCAUCUGUGGAGAGAAUUAGAGUUAACGUUUCGGGUCGUCUGACCCCCUUCUCAUCCUCAGAACUGCUAAUCUCAACCCAGCGCUCAUACCCUCAGCCCUCGGAUCCCCCCGCAACCCAGAUCUUUUUCCCUCUGAUCCUAGCCCAGCCGUCUUUCCUUCCCUAGAGUCACCUUAUAAGAAAAUGUCAGCUUUUCCUCGCCAUUCGUUUUAUAUCUGCCCUCUGGUGGCAGAUGAUAAAGGAGGAUGAAGGCGGAAGUAUAAUUUUAAAACACGAAUUAACUUCAACACGAGAGAAAAAAAUUCGGUGAUACCAAAAACAAAGAAUUCAAGAAUGCCAAUCGAUUGGAUAAGCUAUUCCUAUGCUGCUAUUGUGAUGGUGGGUGGCAUUCUGGGAUAUACUUGGAAAGGGAGUGUGAUGUCUUUGAUGUCUGGACUGCUUUUUGGAUCUCUAGCAGGAUACGGUGCUUAUCAAGUUUCAAAUGACCCACGAAAUGUUAAGAUCUCAUUGUUAACUGCAGGAAUUUUGACCACAGUAAUGGGAGUGCGCUAUAAAAGGUCUGGAAAGGUAAUACCUGCUGGUCUCAUCGCUGGCAUCAGCCUUUUUAUGGUUCUACGAUUGGUAUUUAUGAUGCUAUAAAUCUACAAUCAACUCACUACAAUGUAAUAUAUAAACACUACGGUAAUCUUUUAGAUGGUAAUUAUUCUGCAAAAUGAUUCAAGAAAAGUCAAACUUGUUAUAAAGUAACACUCUAAUCAUAGGGGUCUAUAUUGUAGCAAUAAUUGUUCUUUGUGUUUACAAUGUAUUACUUUGUGUGCUACUGAAUCCAAAAAUGUAACUUAGAUUGGCAUGAAUUUCGUCAAAACUCUGUUUCAGAUGGUAUUAUUGAUGAAGUAAUUCUUAGACCUCCGAUGUUUACGUACAGAUGUAAUGGGCACGUGAUAUGUUUUGUCUUUUUUAGAAAUUUUGAAUCCAUGUAAUAUAUUCCAUAACUAAACCUUGCUGAACUUGAUGGUUCUUCUGAGACUUUUGAUUUGAAAACACACCUCUGUACCCACUUGUUUGUUCUACACACAGUGAGAUAAAGUUUAAGGUGAAUCUUUGGAGGAUUUAUAACCAUAUGCCAUCUGGUCAAUAAUCCAUCAGUGGCCUACAGACAGAGUUAUGUUUUUCCACUGAAGACCACAUGUGCCUGAUAAGUGUUCUGUCCACUGAGAAGUGAAGUAUCUUGGACACUGUUAGCAAAUAUAAGAUAAACUGGUGAAGCAAAGAGUGGAGCUUUUAUCUAGGCAACAGAUCUUGUCAAGAACAAUAAUUACAUCAUGACUGAUUAUUAAGGACAAGAUUCAUUUUAAAAUGGAGAAUGAGUGCAACAGUCUUUUUAGAAGUCAUUACUAAAAGCAUUCCCAAUCUCAAGUUACAUCUCAAAAUUCUUGACUAUUUUGAAAUUAGUUAGGUAAAAAUAUGGUUUAGGUAAAUGCAUCUGGCUUCAUCUUUUGAGACUUGGUCAGACCCUGCUUCUGUAGUUCUCUUUCUGUCGGAGUUCACACAUGCAGUGACUUAACAUUGUUGUUGUACAAUCUGUAUUUCAAGGAUCUGCUAGAAGUAAGGAGGCAAGACAAUUCCACUUAAGCUGACCAGCAAGAUUGUAUUUACUUCUGACAGUGCCUUAACAAAUGCCCAGGAAAAGCAGUGCAGUUGAUAUUAUGUAUGUUCAUGAAGAAAGUUUAGGACUCCAGUUAUUGAUGAAAACAUGUGCUUGGAAAUAAACUUGAUCACAAUAUCCAACCACCACAAGAGAUAUAUGAGAAUUCAAUAAACUAAUUUCUUUAUUGCAUGACUUAGUGAUGAGCUCUAGUUUAGGGUUUGGUAUAUUAGCUGUGGCAGUCAGAAUGCAAUUGAAUUAUAAUGCCAUAACCCAAGAUGAGAUUUGGUGAUGGUCUCCAAAUUCCGUGUUUAUCUUGAUAUAACUUAUAGGUGCCUCUAGUAAGUCUAAUUGACUAAAUUUUCCUUCCAAUGCAAUUGAUAUUAUGUUCCUAGAAAGUUAAAGCUUUAUAGCAAUGCUAAAACUAUCAUUGUCUUUGUAAGAAGUAAGUCUGUAUUUCUUCAAUAAAAAUAUACUUUGCUCUUUC